AAAUGGAUAUUUUUUCAUAAGAAGACAUGAACAGAAUACAAUUAUUUAAAUAUUUUUCAACUUUAAACAAAGUAAAAUAAAAAAAAUCUAAUAAAACAAAAAAAAAACUAAAAGAACUAUUAACUUUCAAAACAAUAAUCUACAAAUACCAAAAAAGUAGCUUCUUAUAUGAAAACAGCAGAUAAUCAAACUCAAAAACCUAUAUAAGAACAACCAUUAGAACAAGCCAUAGCCCAAAAGCGUAAAUACGAAGAUAUGUUAAAGGCCUACGAGCCAAAAACAGUAGAAUAAAACUGGAUGAAAUACUGGGAAAACUAAAAGUUCUUCCAUGCAAACCCCUAAAACGUUCUUAACAGUUCCAAAAAGGCAUAUGCAAUGGUUAUUCCUCCCCCAAAUGUAACUGGUUAUCUACAUAUAGGUCAUGGAUUGACCUCAGCAGUUGAAGAUAGUAUUAUUAGAAGAAAAAGAAUGCAAGGAUACGAGACUUUAUAUCUUCCGGGAGUUGAUCACGCAGGAAUUGCCACACAUACAGUUGUAGAAAAACAAUUGAUGAAAGAAGAAGGAAAAACAAGACAUGAUAUUGGAAGAGAUGCUUUUGUCUAAAAAAUAUGGACUUGGAAAGAAAAACACGGAAAUGUAAUUACAAAUUAAUUAAGAAAAGUCGGAAGUAGUUUAGAUUGGGAUAGAUUCCAUUUCACAAUGGAUGAUUAAUUAAGUAUAGCCGUAAAAGAAGCAUUCGUCCGACUUUCCGAAAAAGGAUUAAUUUAUAGAUCUAAUAGAUUAGUAAAUUGGUCGUGUGCUCUAAAAACAGCCAUAAGUGACGUUGAAGUAACACACGAGAAAAUCGAAGAACCUAUACUUAAAGCAAUACCUGGACACACUGGAAAAUACGAAUUUGGUGUUCUAAUACAUUUUUCUUACAAAAUAAAAGAAAAUCCUUCAUAAGAGAUUAUUGUAGCCACAACUCGUAUUGAGACAAUGCUAGGAGAUGUUGCAGUCGCUGUUCAUCCAGAUGAUAAAAGAUAUUAACAUUUAAUUGGAAAAGAAUUAAUUCAUCCUUUUAUUCCUGAAAGAAAAUUAAUAGUUAUAGCAGAUGCAGAAUUAGUAUAAAUGGAUUUUGGUACUGGUGCUGUUAAAAUAACCCCCGCCCAUGAUCCUAAUGAUUAUUUAUGUGGAGAAAGACAUAAUUUACCAAAAAUAAACUUAUUCGAUGACUAUGGUAUUAUAAAUGAAAAUGGAGGACCCUAUAAAGGCCUUAAAAGAUUCGAUUGUAGGAAUAAAAUAGUCGAAGAUUUACAAAAAAUAGGUCAAUAUAAAGACAAAAGUAAAAACCCAAUGUCUAUAGGUCUAUGCUAGCGUUCUGGUGAUGUCAUAGAGCCUUUAUUGAGACCUUAGUGGUAUAUAAAAUGUACUGAUAUAGCCAAAAGAAUGUGCGAUGUCGUCGAAAAUGGUGAAUUAAAAAUUCACCCAUAAGGCGAAUUCGACAAGAACUGGUUCUAAUUUAUGAGAAACCCCCAAGACUGGUGUAUUUCCCGACAACUAUGGUGGGGACAUAGAAUUCCAGCUUAUUUAUUCAAGCUUAAAUCCUCCUAAACUAUCCCCGAUUCUUCCAAUUAAGAAAACUGGAUAGUAGCCCGUACAAAAGAGCAAGCUUUAAAAAUUGCCGCCUCAAAAUUAAAUACAUAAGAGUCCGAAAUUGAACUAAUUUAAGACGAAGAUGUGCUCGAUACAUGGUUUUCCUCUGCCCUUUUCCCUUUUUCUACUAUGGGAUGGCCUAAUAUUGAGAACCCAGACUACAAAGCCUUUUAUCCUAACCAAAUAUUAGAGACUGGAUGGGAUAUAUUAUUCUUUUGGGUAGCCAGAAUGGUUAUGAUGGGUCUAAUUUUAAUUGAUAAACUCCCUUUUACUGAUGUAUUUUUACAUCCCAUGAUCAGAGAUUCUCAAGGAGAAAAAAUGUCCAAAUCAAAGGGAAAUGUAAUCGAUCCUUUAGAAAUAAUUGACGGAUGUUCCCUUGAUAAACUAGUAAAUAAGAUCUUGGAAGGCAACCUCGACAAAAAAGAGCAAAACAGGGCCAUAUAACUAAAAAAAAAAGAAUACCCUGAAGGUUUUCCAGAAUGUGGUUCCGAUGCUUUAAGAUUUGGUCUCUUAGCCUAUAUGUAAUAAGCCCGAAACAUUAAUUUAGAUAUCAAAAGGGUAAUCGGAUAUAGAGAAUUCUGUAAUAAAAUAUGGUAAAGUGUUAAAUUUGGUCUAAUGUAUAUUCCCAGAGAAAAUUUCAUAUAUACCAGAAACGAAUACUUCUAAAAUCCCUCUAAUCUACAGAACUUAACUUUCCUUAAUAAAUGGAUACUUACUAGAUUUAAUUAAGCUUCCAAAAAUAUAAAUGAAGCUUUUGAUAAAUACGAUUUCGGAAAUGCCACUAUUUUCUUCCAAAACUUCUGGAAAUAUGAGUUUUGUGAUAUUUAUUUAGAAGCCGUUAAACCUAUUUUAUCUUCCAAAAAUAAUAAUAAUUAAAACAAUAAUGCUUAAUAAUAGACUAUAUUCGUACUGUUUUACAUACUUGAAAGUGGUUUAAGGUUACUUCACCCUAUGAUGCCUUUUAUUAGUGAGGAAUUAUAUUAGAAACUACCUUCUUUUUCCCAAAAACAAGACUCUAUUUGUAUUAAUCCAUACCCAGAGUACAAUACCUAAUUCGAGUUCCCUAUUAUAGAUAAUUAAUUCAAUCAUGUAAAUAAUAUUGCUAAAGUGGUUAGAUAAUUAGUAAAUAAUCUCAAUCUUCCUAAAAGUGCUUAACCUGCUUCUUAUAUUAUAGUUCUUAAUAAAAACGAAGAACUCAAAAAUUUAAUAAAAAAUGAACAAUUACUUAUUUGUACUUUAUCAAGAGUAAACUCCAUUUAACUUAUUGAAAAUGAAAGCGAAGUACCUAAAGGAUGCGUUCCAAGUGCAGUAGGUGGCAAUGCAAUAGUUUAUGUGAAUGUAAAAGAAUUUCUUGACGUUAAAUAAGAGAUUUCUAGAUAAUAAACUAAAUUGGCUUAAGCCGAAAAAAUGCUUGAAAAUUAAUUGAAAAAAAUGAAUAUUCCUAAUUAUGAAGAUAAAGUUCCGGAAAAUAUAAAAGCUGAAAAUCAAGAAAAAGUUACUAAUUUAAAUAGCGAAAUUAAGCUUUUAUAGGAAACAAUAGAAGUAUUAAAAUAGUUUUGAGAUUUUUAUAAAAUAUAUAUAUAUAUAUAUAUUUUUUUAAUAUUUAAAAGAAAAAAAGA